AUGGAGGAUGAAGUCGAAGAUUGGGCCGAUGAAGCCGAAGUCGGUGAUGUUGGGAUUGAAGAUGAUGAACUUGAGAACGAGGAUGACGUUGAUGAGAUAGUGGAGCUGGAAGCACUCGAUGAGAAUGAGGAUGAUGUCGAGGAGCUAGAGGCCGCCGCGGAACUCAAAGAGCUCGAAGACGAAGAGGUUGUUGACGAGGAGAAGGUCGUGGAUGCUGCUGCCAAAGGAUACUCAGAACAGCUUGGAGUAACUGUGACUGUGACCGUGCUAAUGCUAACACUAACGCUAACGGAACAUAUAUUUACGGUCCUAGGUAGAACCGCAUCACCGGAGACAAGAGUCGAAAGGGUUGCAAGGCCAAUGGCCAAAGAAUGA